AAAGCACCUUUCAGACAGACACCUCUCCCAUCCCUCGAAUAGAGCAGUGCAGAGCUGGGGAUCCAGCAGCCACCACCAUGGUCUACUUCACCUUGCAGAAAACCCAGAAGUUCUUGGCAAGCUCCCGGCAAGUUCACAAAACUGCUGCUCACGUGGUGGCCAGGAGCGCUCCGGAGGAGACCGUGACCAGCAGCUUCGCAUCCUUCAUCCACGCGGUUCGACCCGAGCACUUGUCCAAGACUGUCCGCCACAGAAGCAAGAGGAUGAUCCUCGACAGCAUCGGGGUUGGCCUCGUGGGCAGCACGACGCACGUGUUCGACAUCGCUCUGCAGUACUGCCGGGAGCUGUACUCUUCGGUGGCUGUGAGCUCUGUCUAUGGCAAACCAGGUGUGAAGCUCUCUCCCACCCUGGCUGCGUUCACCAACGGCGUUGCGACUCACUCCAUGGACUUCGAUGAUACCUGGCACCCUGCGACUCACCCGUCAGGGGCUGUUCUGCCAGCUCUUCUGGCAGCUUCCCAGAUGCUACCUCCAGGCACCAAACCCAACGGCACGGAUUUCCUGCUGGCGUUUAAUGUGGGCCUGGAAGUGCAAGGAAGGCUCAUGCAUUUCUCCACUGAGGCUCACAACAUUCCCAAAAGGUUCCACCCUCCCUCAGUGGUUGGCACCAUGGGCAGUGCUGCGGCCACCGCAAAACUGCUCUCCCUCAGCACGGCCCAGUGCACACACGCUUUGGGCAUUGCUGCGUCGCUUGCCGGGGCACCCAUGGCCAACGCUGCCACCCAAGCCAAGCCAUUGCAUAUUGGAAAUGCCACCCGCCUGGGCUUUGAAGCAGCACUGCUGGCUGCCCGAGGGAUGGAGGCUAACCCCUUAAUCCUGGAUGAUAUUGCUGGUUGCUCGGGAUUCAGUGCUUUCUACAACAUCUAUCAACCCAAACCACUGUCCACACCAAGUGACCACCACGAGUUCCUCUUGGAGAAGCAGGAUAUUGCUUUCAAGCGAUUUCCAGCCCACCUGGGGAUGCACUGGGUGGUGGAUGCUGCCUUGUCUGUCCGGAAUCUUUUCAUCAACUAUGCAGGGUCAUUCUCUCCCUCUUUGAUCCGCACCAUUGUGCUGAAGAUCCCGGUGUCAAAGUACAUCAACCGGCCUUUCCCAAGCUCUGAACACCAGGCUAGACACUCCUUCCAGUUCAAUGCCUGUACCGCCCUGCUGGAUGGUGAGGUGGGCCUCAGCUCCUUCACGGAGAGCAGCAUCCACCGGCAGGAGCUGAGGGAGCUGCUGGACAAAGUGGUGGUGGAGCACCCUGAAGAUAACGUGGCCAACUUUGACAAGAUGUAUGGAGAGGUGGCACUGCUCCUGCACAGCGGGGAUGUCCUGACAGGCAAAUGUGACACUUUCUACGGGCACUGGAGGAAGCCUCUGAGCAAAGAGUCGCUCCUGAAGAAGUUCCGAUCCAAUGCCUCUCAUGUGCUUCCAGAAGAAAAAAUAGAAACCAUCAUCACUAUGGUGGACAACCUGGAGAAUCUGCCAGAUAGUUCCCUGCUGGCCUGCAGCCUGUGAGGGAACAGCAAGUGUUUGCUGUUUGGGUUUUUUUUUAUAAGGGGCUUAUCCCGGUGAAAAUCUGAUUCCUUUCUUCAUUGGUGCUUCACUAUUCAUUUCCAAUGACAGGAAAGUUCCCAACCCCUUGAAGUUAAAGUAGAUGCUUUAAAACCAAAGGAGUCCACAAGGCAGGAGGUGUGUCUGUGUCAGUAAUCAGUGCACAGAUUAAAUUUCAACUCACAGCUGAUGCUGUCUGAGUAGCUGAAAGGCCACUACAAAUAAAAAAAAAAAAAUAAUCCCAUGAAAAUCUAUGGGAAUCCUGGAACAUCAUCUGGAAGCCGAUUCCCCAGAAGGAACUGUGUUUGGAUAUUUUUUAACGCUGCACUUGGAGUUAUUUCUGUACAGAAUGCCUAACCGCCGAGUCUGGGAAGAAGAGGAAGUUCAGCUGCAAAAUAUGUGCUUUUCUUACUGCUCUUCUGGGCACUUUUCAGAUCACGGUUAGUGCUGGCCAGAUGAAAAACCUAUCAGUUACUGUAAACAGCCCUGCCUGCAAAACUCGCAGGCAGAGAGGGAUUUUUUUUUUUCCUUUUCCAGUAAAAGCCUCCCUUUUCUCCAGCACUUGGGAAGUGUUUGUCACUUCUCUGUGUAAAAGGGAUGGUCCAAAGACCCUUAAAUCCCAUAUGUCUUUUCUGAAUGAAAGGCAAGUGGUAGGUGAGGAACCCUACACCAGUCCUACGCCUACAUCCUACGUCUCCUGUGAGGUGAUCCCUGCCAAUCCUAGGGCUGUGCCCCAUCAUCCCUCCUGGCUUUGUACAGGUCGCCCAGGCACCACCAGAAGUGGUCUCUAUAGUCCAUGCAGAGAUGGGCACCCCUGGAUGGUGACUUGGGCACAUACUCGCUGUGACUCACAUUGGGAAAUUCCUGUUUCUCUCCCUUGAGAGGGGGGAAAGCUUACGGAGAUUCAGUCUUGAACUCGUCUUUCCAGCUGGGGUGAAAUCAGUGCUCCUGCUCCUGAGUAGCCAUUCACUGAAGGGCUUUCCUACCCCGCGUCCUUCCUGAGCAGUGAGACGGAGAGCUACGCAAUAUUCCUCUCUACAUUGAACAAAUACUGUGAUUGCUGAUCCAAAGGACUCGUUGCCAAUAUGAUUGUGAUAUAGAUACAGAAUCUGUUGCAGAAGGUGGUUGGGGAGGGGAAGAGGGGGUGCUGGGAAGGGAUUAAACGUGCGAGAAGAAAUGUGGGCCGGUUCCUUUUUAGCUUGCUGGUAGUGGUCUAUGCAGAGAAUUUCCCAGCCAGAGCAAAACUGUUUGCCCACCUGUUAAUCCACUCUCUCACACUGUCUGGCAUAUUCACACUGAAUCUUUAUGAAUAAAGAACUGAAGUAAAUUAA